AUGGCGUGGUGGGACGUGGAGGGCCCGGUAGGUCUCUUUCAGCCCUUGGUCCGGAACAAUGUCCCUGACACCGUGGAGGAACCCUCCGUACUGCGGUUUAGGGGAGGUCUGCUUGUGGAUGAACUUCGCCUGCGCGGUCUCCGUGGGCGCGGUUUUUUCCGAUACCCAGAGUUAGAGAUCGUUCUCUUUGUCCUCAGCCUUGUAAUGUAUCUGAUAACCCUCGUAGGCAACAGCGCUCUUAUUUUAAUCACUGUCCUAGAGUCACGCCUUCAAACUCCCAUGUACUUGUUCCUUGGAAAUCUCUCUUCCAUGGAUAUUUGUUACACAUCUGCGUCUAUCCCUACUUUGCUGGUGAACUUGCUGUCAUCCCAGAAAACCACUGUCUUUUCUGGGUGUGCAGUGCAGAUGUACCUGUCCCUUGCCACGGGUUCCACGGAGUGCGUGCUCCCGGCUGUGAUGGCGUAUGACCGUUACGUGGCCAUCUGCAACCCACUGAGGUACCCCAUCGUCAUGAACAGGCAGGUCUGUGUGCAGAUGGCUACCGUCUCCUGGGUGACGGGCUCUCUGACGGCCCUGCUGGAAACCGGCUUCGCCCUGCGGACACCCCUCUGUGGGAAUCUCAUCGAUCACUUCACGUGUGAAAUUCUGGCAGUGCCGAAGUUGGCUUGCACAAGUUCACUGCUCAUGGACACGAUCGUGCUGGUGGUCAGCGUGCUCCUUCUGCCCAUCCCCAUGCUCUUCAUUUGCAUCUCCUACAUCUUCAUCCUUUCCACUAUUCUGAGAAUCAGCUCAGCAGAGGGAAGAAACAAAGCUUUUUCUACCUGUGGCGCCCACUUGACUGUGGUGAGCUUGUAUUACGGGGCUGCCCUCUCCAUGUACCUAAAGCCUUCUUCAUCAGGCUCCCAAGAAAUAGGUAAAAUCAUCUCGUUGCUCUAUGGAGUGCUUACCCCUAUGCUGAACCCCAUAAUUUACAGUUUAAGGAACAAGGAAGUCAAAGAUGCCGUGAAAAAAGUGCUGGGCAAAAUAUCCGUGUGUUAA